UACAUUAUGCCUGUAUCAACAGAACGAUGCCAGUACUGGCCCAGUUAAGUGAUGUUAGCUGGGGCACCUGUAAUUUCAACGUUGUUGCUUUUCAUUUUAAUGUUUUCUCUGAAACAUAAAUAAAUCUUACAUGAAGUAAAGCAUAUGCACAUUGUGUCUAAAAAUCAACUCACAGUAUUUCCAUGUAGUUUGUACAACUUUUGUAAAUUUAAGAACUGUAGCCCUUAACCCACUAAUAUGAAUUCCGAGUUCAUUCGCAUGUCACCCCACACACACUUCACACCACACCUUUAUACACCAGCAAUUAUUCAUCCCUAAGUGUUUGCAUUUUUGUACAACUAAUAGUAUUUAAUCAAACCAACCAUGAUCUAGCAUUAGUACCUUCCUAUUUUAGUAUUCCUGUUUUAAGGUGUUACCAGAAUUCAAUAUCUGUUUUUAGAAUGGCACUUAUGUCAGUGUUUCUCAAGACACCCCUGUAUGGAGCUCAGCCUGCACCACACAAGGUUGUAGCUAUGAAAAGGACAUGGUGGUCGUUGAUGACAAAGGAAGACAGCAUAUUCGGCGCUUUCAGUUCUGUAAAUGUGAAUUGGAGCCAAUCACACUUAUCAAGUUCAAUCUCUGGCCAGCUUCACCAAAGCACCCAAAGCUGGCUUUCCACACAGACCUUCUCAGGUGGAUUCACGGACUGUCAGUGGAAUGUCAUGUUUCUGUCAAAGGCUUUUGUGAAGCCCUGAGUGCUCGGCUCCCAAAGCAGCAUCAAGGCUUUGUUUCUUUGGAGGUGAAGAGCAUAUAUAAAGUUCUUAUGAAAGAAACUUUGGAGGAAUUCAGAUACUUCCUGUACAACAUGAACCAUUUACACCAAUUCCACCCUCAACUCAGUAAUGGAGCAGAGUGUGCAGCCUGCUACAAAUUGCCAACAAAAAUAAUCAGCCUUGAUGCUGAUUUCCAGCUCGUCCGUAAGGUUUCCUCAGGCUAUUCAUGGGGAAAAUCAAAACAUACCACCUUCUUCCUUGAACAAGAAGAAGUUGAUGAAUACAUGAAAUCAUACAGUGGUGAUUCAAAAAAAACCUAAUGUGGAUUGCAGUGAAUUCCAGGCAGGGAAUAGUUUAAGAGCAAAAAAUAAGACAGCAAAGCUUUCCGAAACCGCUGUAUUUGGAUCAGCCUGUAG